CUCGGCAGCUCGGACUCCGAAGGUAAUUUUGAGACCCCUGAAGCAGAAACGCCGACCCGCUCGCCACUAAAGGAGUUCUGCGAGCCGCCGCCGGGAUCGCCCGAGGCCGGGGCCCAAGAGCCAAGUGGCCAUGGUGACCUGCUGGUAGGGGAAGCCCGCUGGGACCGCUCGCCUGGGAAGCACCCCAAAGAUGAGGCUCAACUGGAGGUCGGAGCCGCUAAAGCCAAAUCGGAUACUAAAGGGGAGUCCAACCCCGAAGACUCCACCCUGAGGGUCCCGAAACCCGAGGUUGAUGGUACAGAAGGGGGAGAGAGCGCAGAGGCCAGGAGAGCUGCACCCAGGAAGGGCAGCAGGAUCCCAGCCAGCAAGCUGACGCCGAAGAGACACCGAGCGCCGCCCAAGAAGCCAGGGGAGGGCGCGGAGAGGGGUCCCACGGAGCCACCGCCUCCCCGGGGCUCCCCCCGGCUGGGUCCUGCACUCUGGGACAGCCCAGGUCUCAACACCUUUGGUGGCAGCUCAGCGCUGGAACACUCGCCGACUCUUCCCAAGGGCUCUUACCAGUUCGAUCCCGACAACUUUGACUCCGUGGAUCCCUUUAAGCCCACCAAGACCCUCGCCAGCACCGCCGCCGACUCCUGCCCCACUGCCGAUAACAGCCUCAAUGAAAUCCUCGAGUCUCAGACGCUGGAGGUGCAGGACGAUCUCCUGAAAGGCAGAGACUCCCCAAAGAAGCCCAAGUCGCGCCUGAUAACCAUGCCGACCCGCAGCGCCUUUAACCACCUGCAAGUGCGGCGGCUAACGGCGGGGGAGCGGGUUGCUGUGCAAUCCAGGUCCCUGCAGAGAGGGGAUGAAGGAGCGUUGAUCUCAGAAAUCCCAGAUAUUGCAAAUCGGGAUGGACAUGCCACUGACGAGGAGAAGCUGGCCUCUACCACCUCCACGCAGAAACCAGCUGGGCUGGAGAAGAAGGGUGAGCCCGAGGAUGACCUGGAGUACUUCGAGUGCUCAAAUGUUCCUGUGCCGGCGGCGAAGCACAGCACGGAGGCAGGCUUCGAAAAGGAGAUCUCCAAGCAGACGGGUAGGGGGGAGCCUGGGUGCUUCCCCCCCCAGGGCAAUCCCGGGCUGUGCUCCACGGACAAGUCCCCCGCAGCGGCCACCAGCAGGAGCGAGAGUCCCCUGGAUGGCAUCUGCCUCAGCGAAGCCGAGAAGACGGCCGUGCUCACGCUCAUCAGAGAGGAGAUAAUCACAAAGGAGAUCGAAGCAAACCAGUGGAAGAAGAAAUAUGAAGAGAGCCGCCAGGAAGUCUUAGAGAUGAGGAAAAUCGUGGCUGAGUACGAGAAGACCAUUGCCCAGAUGAUAGAGGACGAGCAGAGGACAAACAUGACGUCUCAGAAGAACCUGCAGCAGCUCACGAUGGAAAAGGACCAGGCUCUGGCAGACCUAAACUCAGUGGAGAGGUCCCUGUCGGAUCUCUUCCGGAGAUACGAAAACCUGAAGGGCGUCCUAGAAGGCUUUAAGAAGAAUGAAGAAGCUCUGAAGAAGUGUGCUCAGGAUUAUUUAACCCGCGUCAAGCAAGAAGAGCAGCGGUAUCAGGCCCUGAAAGUCCACGCAGAAGAAAAAUUGGACAAAGCCAACGAGGAGAUCGCCCAGGUGCGCACGAAGGCCAAAGCAGAGAGCGCGGCGCUGCACGCGGGGCUGCGCAAGGAGCAGAUGAAGGUGGAGUCCCUGGAGAGAGCCCUGCAGCAGAAGAACCAGGAGAUUGAGGAGCUGACCAAGAUCUGCGAUGAGCUGAUAGCCAAGCUGGGAAAGGCAGACUGAGUCUCACCCCCCCUCGUCCAGCACUCUGCACUUGGCCGCUUUUCUCGUAACGUCAAGCACCUUGCCUUAUUACCCAGGAACCCCCCCAGCAGAGAAGCACACGCGCCCAGCUCCUGCUCCGCUUGGCUGCUGGACCCCGCGGUCCCACCUGCAGAGCCGGUCCCCACGCUGUCCCCGUCUCUGUUUGCCAAGGGCUCUGGGGCUGGGUUCCCCGCCAUCAGGCUGGGCGCGCGUGUCCCUCCCGGGGACAGCAGCAAGCGGCCGCCGCGCUGCCCGUCUGCGCGGGUGCCACUGCCCAGCUGGGAGGUGACACCCCGGGCUCUGUCCCCCUUGGCUGUGGUGGGUCUCAUCGUGCCCCUACGUGCCCUGUCACUUACUGUCCUCACGUGCUCCAUUGCGCGGGUCCUGCCCCGGGACGUGGGCGAUGCCAGGGUCGGAGCCUUGCACUGAGGAGGGGUGGGUGCAUGGGUGGGGAGGCAGCCAAGGGGCUCAGGGACCCUGGGCACCUGCUGGCGGUGCAUCCCCAGCUGAAGCAGCCUCCCCGUAGAUCGAGGGGUUUGGCAGCAGUUUGGAAGGGGCUGGUCCCGAUCUCCGGCACACGGGUGAUGCAGCACAGCGCAUCCUUGUCCCUGGCCGUGCCAGCCUUGGGGGAGGGAAGCUGAGGUCUCUGCAUUCGUGCACUUUAUUAGCAUUUAUGAGCACUCGGGCUCUCUGCUGACUUCUUCCAGGUGGGCAGGGUCCUGCUGCACGUCUCGGUCCCCCCAGAGCACGCCUAUGGCCACUUAACCAGUAGUAACUUAACCACUACCAGUAGUACCAGUACUAACUAAGUCCUCUCCGAGGAGAGCCCAGCCAAGGGGAGUGCAGGAGGCUUUUGUGGCCAAAAGGUGUUUGAGAAACAGGGGAGCUGUUGGUUCUGGACAGCUGGGGCUUGUCUGUCCGUCCGUCCUCCCCGUGGCUGCCCUGCCUGCAGCCCUGGCAUCUCCCGAGUCUUGUUAACGUGGGGUUUCUACUCCGCUUUGAAAUGCACGAAGCCAAGCCCCUUGCCGUUGGCUCCCCACACCGUGGUGAGGUUAGUUCCCCACUUUGGAUAUGGCAGGAGGAAGGAGGCAAACCCUGAACUACUUUGGGAUUCCGCCGACUCAGGGCUCUUUCCCCAGUCGGUACAGACGGGUCUUACGCUGCUCCCAAAAAUGCCCUUACAGCGCUGAAUAUUAAGAGACCCAAAGGAAAGCCAGCCUUUACCGGCAAAGGCAGGUCCAGACACUUUGAAAUCUGCCUGGGUGCAGCCCAAAAUCUGACUUCCCACACAGGCAGGCUGCCCGCUCCACUUCAGUGGUGUUUGCUUUUCUGGACAGGCCAAGCUCCAGCAGAAGUGCUGGGGUUGCCUGCACCCUGUGCUGGGAACCGGGGGGCUCUGGGCUGAUGCCGAUGUCCUUAAAUCCAUCACGCGUAGAUCCCACGCCUGUGCCGUGCCCGGCCGUGCCCCGUGCGUUCUGCCGCCGCGCGUUGCCGCAUUGUCCUGGGCGCAGGGCUCUGGGUCCA